UUGGCCUUUCCUCGUUCUGUGAGCUUUCCUUCUUGUCGAGCUUCUCCUUCUCCUCCCACUCCUCAAACGGUGAAUAAAAUUUUUUCCAUUUCUCACAUAACCAUGAAGUGUCUGGUUCUUCUAGGGUUAUGUCUGCUUUGUUUGAUCUCAUCGACGGUCGCGGAUUAUGAAUCAUCUGUUAUCCGAACGCCAACAAAGCGUCGAAUGCUUUUUCGUGUGCCAUUCAUGAUGAAUCCAGAUAAUGAGCAAUUGUCUCGCAUCUUCCGCCAGGCUUUUGGAGAACAAAAACAGAAAAAACUCAGCGCAUUCUUCGAUUAUUGA